GUGCAGAGAGCAUGGCGGGGGCUCGGGCGGCACUGCCGCUGCUCCUGCAGCUCGGGAGCCUCGCCCUGGCGGCGCGCGGUGAAGUCUCCAGGGAACUCUUUAACCCUGCUGACAUCCUUGACUAUCAGCAGCAGGCACCCACCUACUCGUCAGUCCCUGGUGGGGCCCCCCAACAGCCGUGGCAGCUCCUGGAGGAGAGGCUGGAGCGGCUGGAGACGGAGGUGACUGAAUUCAGAAAGCAGAACAAGGACCUGCAGGCCAGGGUAAGGCAGCUAGAGUCCUGUGAGUGCCGUUUAACGUCUCCCCAGUGCUGGGCUCUGGGACGCGCCUGGCCGGAGGGGGCUCGCUGGGAGCCUGAUGCCUGUACCACCUGUGUGUGCCAGGAUGGGAAUGUACACUGUGGCCCUCAGCCCAACCUGCCCCACUGCCAUGGCUGCAGUCACAAUGGCCAGGCCUAUGGCCAUGGGGAGACCUUCUCCCCAGACACCUGUACCACCUGCCACUGCCUGGCAGGGACUGUGCGGUGCCAGGGGCCCUCAUGCUCUGAGCUCAACUGCCUGGAGAGCUACACCCCACCUGGGGAAUGCUGCCCCAUCUGCCGGCCAGGUUGUGAGUAUGAAGGGCAACUUCAUGAGGAAGGGGCCAGCUUCUUGUCCAGUUCCAACCCAUGCCUCCAGUGCUCCUGCCUGAGGAGCCUGGUUCGCUGUGUGCCUGUGAAGUGCCUGCCCAGCCCCUGCCCUGAGCCUGUCCCGAGGCCUGGGCACUGCUGCCCAGCCUGCCAAGCCCGAGGCUGCAUAGAAGGUGACACUCAUAGGGACCAUGGCCAAGAAUGGACAGCACUUGGAGACCCCUGCCGCAUCUGCCAGUGCCUGGAGGGCCAUAUCCAGUGCCGUCAGCGAGAAUGUGCCAGCCUAUGUCCAUACCCUGCCCGGCCCCUCCCAGGCACCUGCUGCCCUGUGUGUGAUGGCUGUUUCCUAAAUGGGCGGGAACACCACAGUGGGGAGCCUGUGGGCUCUGGGGACCCCUGCUCAAGCUGCCGCUGUGCUAAUGGGACUGUCCAGUGUGAGCUUCUGCCCUGCCCACCUGCACCCUGCAGAUACCCGGGCAGGAUCCCUGGGCAGUGCUGCCCGGUCUGUGAUGGCUGUAAGUACCAGGGACACGAAUAUCGGAAUCAGGAGACCUUCACCCUCCAGGAGAGGGGCCGCUGCCUCCGAUGCUCCUGUCAGGCUGGCGAAGUCUCCUGUGAAGAGCAGGACUGUCCAGUGGCCCCUUGUGCCCUGCUUGCCUCUGGCCCCCACCUCUGCUCAGCCUGUGUGCUCAAUGGAGAGGAGUUUGCUGAGGGGAUCCAGUGGGAGUUGGAUGGUCAGCCCUGCACCACCUGCUCCUGCCAAGAUGGGGUGCCUGUGUGCCGGGCUAUGCUCUGUUCCCCAGCCCCCUGCCAACAUCCUGCCAAGCCACCUGGUGCCUGCUGCCCCAGUUGUGAGAACUGCACCUACCAUGGCCAAGUGUAUGCCAAUGGACAGAACUUCACGGAUGUGGACAGCCCUUGUCAUACCUGCCACUGUGAGGAUGGGACUGUGAGGUGCUCCUUGGUCAACUGCCCUCUGACGACCUGUGCUGAGCCCCAGAAUGGACCAGGCCAGUGCUGCCCCAGGUGCCCAGACUGCAUCUUAGAGGCACAGGUAUUUGUGGAUGGGCAGCACUUUCCUCAUCCCAGAGACCCUUGCCAGGAGUGCCUGUGUCAGGAAGGCCAAGCUCACUGCCAGCCCCGGGCCUGCCCCAGUGCUGCCUGUGGACACCCCCUGCCCAGCACCUGCUGCAGGACCAACUGCAGUGGCUGUGCCUUUGGCGGGAAAGAGUACCCCAACGGAGUGGACUUUCCCCAUCCCACUGAUCCCUGCCGCCUGUGUCGCUGUCUGAAUGGAAACGUGCAGUGCCUGGUGCGCCGCUGCCCCCCACUGACCUGUCUGCAGCCUGUCCUGACUCCAGGAGACUGCUGCCCGCAGUGUUGGGAUGCCCCUGCUGGCUGCCAGCAACCUGGUGAAUCAGUGCCAGUCCGCCACCAGGAGCACUUUUUCCCUCCGGGAGACCCCUGCAGCCGCUGCCUCUGCCUGGAUGGUUCUGUGUCCUGCCAGCGACUGCCCUGCCUGCCUGCACCCUGCGCCCACCCACGCCGGGGCCCCUGCUGCCCCUCCUGCGAUGGCUGCCUGUACCAGGGGAAGGAGUUUGCCAGUGGGGAGCGCUUCCCAUCACCCAAUGUCCCAUGCCACGUGUGCCUCUGCUGGGAGGGCAGUGUCAACUGUGAGCCCAAGGCUUGUGCUCCUGCACAGUGUCCCUUUCCUGCCAGGGAUGACUGCUGUCCUGCCUGUGAUGGCUGUGAGUAUCUGGGGACAUCCUACCUAAGCAGCCAGGAGUUCCUGCACCCCCGGGAACCCUGUAAUCUGUGCACCUGCCUUGGGGGCUUUGUGACUUGCACCCACCAGCCCUGUGAGCCUCCCAGCUGCAGCCACCCACUCACUGUACCUGGGCAUUGCUGCCCAACUUGCCAGGGAUGUCUGUACCACGGGGUCACUGCUUCCCUUGGAGAGACCCUUCCUGACCCUCUUGACCCCACCUGCUCCCUCUGUACCUGCCAGGAAGGUUCCAUGCACUGCCAGAAGAAACCGUGUCCCCCAGCUCUCUGCACACACCCUUCUCCAGGCCCCUGUUUCUGCCCUAUCUGCCACAGCUGCCGCUCUCAGGGCCGGGAGUACCAAGAUGGGGAGGAAUUUGAGGGCCCUGAAGGCAGCUGUGAACACUGCAGCUGUCAGGCUGGCCAAGUCAGCUGUGUGCAGGUGCGGUGCCCAUCCCUGCCCUGCCUGCUUCAGGUCACAGAGCCAGGGAGCUGUUGUCCUCGAUGCAGAGGCUGCCUGGCUCAUGGGGAGGAGCAUCCUGAAGGCAGCAGCUGGGUGCCCACUGACAGCCCCUGCUCCUCCUGCAUGUGUCAUGAGGGUGUUGUCACCUGUGCCCGAAUCCAAUGUGUCAUCUCCUGUGCUCGGCCCCACCAGGGGCCCAGUGACUGCUGCCCUCGAUGCUCUGACUGUGAGCAUGAGGGCCAGAAGUAUGAGCCUGGAGAGAGCUUCCAGCCUGGGGCAGACCCCUGUGAAGUGUGCAUCUGUGAGCUGCAGCCUGAGGGGCCUCCCAGCCUUCAAUGUCACCGGCAACUGUGUCCCAGUCUGGUGGGCUGCCCACCCAGCCAGCUUCUGCCUCCUGGGCCCCAGCGCUGCUGUCCCACCUGUGCCCAGGCGCUGAGCAACUGCACAGAGGGCCUGCUGGGGUCUGAGCUGGUGUCGCCAGACCCCUGUUAUACCUGCCAGUGCCAGAACCUGACAUGGCUCUGUACUCAUCGGGCCUGUCCUGAGCUCAGCUGUCCCCUACUGGAGCGCCACACACCCCCUGGCAGUUGCUGCCCCGUGUGUGAGGAAUGUGUGGUGGAGGACAUGGGUAGAAGAGUGGCAGAUGGAGAGAGCUGGCGGGACCCCAGCAACACUUGCAUUGCCUGCACCUGUCAUCGGGGUCAUGUGGAGUGUCACCUCGAGGAGUGCCAAGUGCUCCCCUGCCCUCAUGGCUGGCUGAAGGUUCCUGAGGCUGGCAGCUGCUGUGAGCGAUGCCAAGCCCCUACUCAGUGGUGCAUGCAUCAGGGACGCCAGGUGGCCUCUGGGGAGCACUGGAUUGUGGAUGCCUGUACCAGCUGCUCCUGUGUAGCUGGCACUGUGCGCUGCCAGAGCCAGCGCUGCAGGCCGCUCUCAUGUGGCCCGGACGAGGCCCCUGCCCUAAGUCCCGGCAGCUGCUGUCCCCGCUGUUUGCCGCGGCCGGCUUCCUGCAUGGCCUUUGGGGAUCCCCAUUACCGCACUUUCGAUGGACGCCUGCUGCACUUCCAGGGGAGCUGCAGCUAUGUGCUGGCCAAGGACUGCCAUGGCGAGGACUUCAGUGUGCAUGUGACUAAUGAUGAUCGGGGCCGGAGGGGUGUGUCCUGGACCCAAGAGGUGUCAGUGCUGUUGGGAACUCUGGCUGUGCAGCUGCUGCAAGGAAGGAUAGUCAUGGUGGAUGGUCGCCCAGUGGCCUUGCCAUUCUUGCAGGAGCCAUUACUUUUUGUGGAGCUGAGAGGACACACUGUGAUCCUACAUGCCCAGCCUGGGAUUCAGGUGCUGUGGGAUGGACAGUCCCAGGUGGAGGUGAGCGUUCCAGGUUCCUACCGGGGCCACACUUGUGGGCUCUGUGGGAACUUCAAUGGCUUUGCCCAGGAUGAUCUGCAGGGUCCAGAUGGGCAGCUCCUGCCUACAGAGGCUGCCUUUGGUAAUAGCUGGCAGGUCCCUGAGGGGCCGGGGCCUGGCCGGCCUUGUUCUGCAGGCCGAGAGGUAGAUCCAUGCCGGGCAGCAGGCUACCGUGCCAGGCGUGAGGCCAACACCCGGUGUGGGCUGCUGAAGACCUCCCCAUUCAGUCGCUGCCAUGCUGUUGUGCCACCAGAACCCUUCUUUGCUGCCUGUGUAUAUGACCUGUGUGCUUGUGGCCCAGGCUCCUCAGCUGACACCUGUCUCUGUGAUGCCCUGGAAGCCUAUGCCAGUCACUGUCGCCAAGCAGGAGUGACACCUGUCUGGAGGGGCCCGGCUCUUUGUGUGGUGGGUUGCCCCCUCGACCGAGGCUUCGUGUUUGAUGAGUGUGGACCACCUUGUCCCCGCACCUGUUUCAACCAGCACAUCGCCCUGGGGGAGCUGGCAGCCCACUGUGUGAGGCCCUGUGUUCCAGGCUGCCAGUGCCCAGCAGGCCUGGUAGAGCAUGAAAGUCACUGCAUCCCACCUGAGGCCUGCCCGCCAGUCCUGCUCACUGGAGAUUAGCCACCUACAUACUGCCCAGUCCCAGCCAGGGUUCAUCAGGCCAGAAGUUGCCCUUUGGCAAGUAUCAGUCUUGGGCCACAGCUGUGCCUUGCUCAAGCAGUGGGAGCCUGGGCCUGUUCUCCAGACUUCAGCAGUAU